AUGGAGCUUCGCCUUCCCCCGCCCAGCGGAGGGCGGGCAGCUCCCCUCGCUCCCCAUCUCGGGCAGCAUCGGGCCAGUCCUCUGGGCAGCCCGUGUGGGUUCGGAGCGAUGGCGACGGAGCUCCCCUCGAGGCGCAGUGUCAGCGGACGUGUUCACGUGGGCGAUCCUCGAUUCCGUGCUGGACCGGUGGGUAUCAGUGGGCAAUCAGAGGACAGAGGACAAGGCGGGGCUGACCCCAGUCUGACAAACUACCGAUCCCGAGUCGUGCAGGAGUCCAAAGGGCGGACGUGGCCGUCACUCCCCUCCUGGAACGAGUGGCUGUAUCUGACCGACCAGCUCGUGUUUGACGCAUGGGAGGCGGCGAUGGACACCUUGCCCGAAGCCAGACCGCCGACAGAUAUCCGGUCAGUCGGCCGGCUCUGCCGCACCGUUAUGAACCACACCUGGAGCCCGUGGCAUGACUCUUCCCCACCUCCCGAGAGUUACAACCUCCGCAAGCCCGUGCCGAGGGAGCUGAUGGGGGAGUGCGACCCGAGACUGGAGGCCAAUCGGGGCAUUGUGUGUGCACUGGCUGGGAGAGAGGGACGGAGCGUGGGCAGCGUGCAGUGGGAGGUCGCUGUCAACACCACUCUGCUGCUGAAAGUCCCCCUCGCGCCGCCCCGGACUUAUCCUCGCUUGGACCGCGCGAGGCUGCCGCCAAAGCAGUCGUUGGAGUGGGAGACGUACCACGCCCCGCGGGCGCGGGUUGCGUACUGA